AUGGUGGCAGCCGCGUGCUGGGGCCAGGCGGACGGCGUCGCGACGCGGCUCCUCCGCCUUGGCCUCCCYGGGGCUCUCGUGGGGCUGGCGCUGCUCUGCGGCGCGCAGCCCGCCUGCGGCUACGCGGCCUACGACAUCGUGGUGCCCCGGAAAAUCAGCCCCAGGGCAGGCCAGCCCAGCCAGGACAGGGUGUCCUACGCCAUCAACAUCCAGGGCACGGAUUACACCGUGACCCUCCGGCAGAAGAAGGACUUCGUGGUACAAAACCUGCCGGUAUUCACCCGCAACGCGCAGGGCGCCGUGCUGGCCCAGCAGCCGCGGCUGGCGGCCCACUGCUACUACCAGGGCUACGUGGACGGCAGCCCCGGCUCCGCCGUGACGCUGAGCGCCUGCAAYGGGCUCAGGGGGCUGCUGCUCCUCGGCAACCUGAGCUACAGCAUCGAGCCCCUGGCUGGCUCCUCCACGUUCGAGCACCUGCUGCUGCAGACGGAGGAGGUGGCUGCCGGAGCCAUCCUGUGCAAAGAGCCCUUGGCGGGGUGGCCAGCGGCGGGUGCCGCGGCGGCCAGCAGGCAGUUCCAGCCCUGGGGGCACACGCGUUACCUGGAGCUGCUGGUCGUGGUGGACAAGGAGGGGUUUGAGGCCUUUGGUAAAAAUAUCACCAACGUGGUGCUGGAAGUUGUGGAAAUAAUCAACCUGGUGGAUGGGAUGUUUUACCCUUUCCGCCUGCGUGUUUUAAUAACUGCGCUGGAAGUCUGGACGGAGAAGAACCCUAUCAGUAUCUCCAAAAACAUAACGGGGGUUCUCCAUAAUUUCAACUACUGGCGGAAGCAGAAGAGCCUCGCGCACCCUGCGUAUGACGUGGGGUGCCUGUUCGCCACGCUGGAGUUCAGCCAGGACACAAAAACCUUGCACCUGGGCGGCCAGUCCAACUUCGGCGCUGUGUGUGACAAACAACGCGCCUCUGCUGUGGUGUCCUUUGCAAAACUGCCCUCUCUGCAAACGGCCGCGCACAUCGCCCAYGAGCUGGGGCACGUUUUUGGCAUGGAGCACGACGGCAAAUACUGCCAGUGCGGCAACACCACCAAGUGCAUCAUGAACGCRCACAGCAUCGCCAACUAUCAGUUCAGCAACUGCAGCACCCAGUACUACUUCGAUUUCAUAGCGACGGGGAAAGGGUCUUGCCUGAGCAACRCGCCGCAGUCAGUGAUGCCGUUCCUUCCGCAGCGCUGCGGGAACGGCAUCGUGGAGCCCGGCGAGCAGUGCGACUGCGGCUCCGCGGCGCGCUGCAGGCUGGACCCAUGCUGCGAUAGCACCUGUCGGAAAAAACAGGGAGCCCUCUGCACUUCGGGAGGCUGCUGUCGGAACUGCAGGCCUCUGCCCGAAGGAGAAGUGUGUCGGGAGAGCACUGGUCCCUGCGACCUGCCGGAAUAUUGCAGUGGGAAUUCGGAACAUUGUCCUCCAGACAUGACCAUGCAGGAYGGAACCGAGUGCGCUGAGGAUGGGCACUGUUAUGCAGGCAAGUGCCAGUCUCACACGCUGCUGUGCAUUAGGAUUUUUGGCAAAGAGACAAGACCUGCUCCGUUUAAAUGUUUCAAGGAGGUGAACACAAAAGGGGAUCGGUUUGGCAACUGCUGGGGGAGCGGCUCAGACGGCAAAUUUGAGAAAUGCGAGCUAGAAAACGUCCUGUGCGGGAGGAUGCAGUGUACAAACAUCAGGCGCAUCCCCUGGCUGCAAGAGCACACAACCAUCAUCCAGACGCCGGUGGGCAACACGUGGUGCUGGGGCACAGACUACCACCUGGGGCUGGACGUUCUGGACGCCGGCGUGGUGGAGGACGGCAUGCCGUGCGGCGAGAAGAAGCUCUGCAUUAACCGCACAUGCGUCCCUGAGGCCAAGCACCUGACGUCCCGCUGCUCUGCUGAGAAGACAUGCAGAGGGAACGGGGUUUGCAACACCAAAGGGAACUGCCACUGCGAUGACGGCUGGGCACCCCCGUACUGCAAGUUCGCUGGCUUUGGAGGGAGCAUCGACAGCGGGCCCGCACCCGUCACCAAAAAGGGGCUCUUCAGGUUGAUUGCGGCUACUAUAGUAGUAACUGUUGUCAGUCUCCUGGUACUUGCAGCCUGCAGUGUUUUGCUCGUGAAAGCGUUUAGAAGAGCCCAAGCAUUAAGCAGCCUCGCCAAAUGCUUCCCGUCGAGAGAGCAGCCGCGCACAGAGGACGGGCAGGAGCCGCAGGAAGGAGAUGGUGCUGGAGCAGAGGAGAGUCGAGGCGCUGGUGCGGGGGAGGCGCCCGGCAGCGGAGCGGAGGCCGCACUCAGGCAGUCGCCAGCUGCAACCUCCCAGGUGUAG